AUGGCCUCAGGGGAAGAGAAACACCGCCAAAAGUUUCUGCUUAUGCAGUUUUUUCCUUUUCUAAAGGUGCUCAUCGGGCACGGCGCCAAGGUGGAUCACCAGGACGUCGAGGGGAUGACCGCCGUCUUCGGGGCGGUGCAGGCGGGCAACCAGGUGCUCUUGGAGUCGCUCAUCGAGCGGAAGUGCGACAUCGAGAUCCACACGAAGCGCGGGGAGACGGCGCUGAUGUGGGCGGCCAUGCACCAGCAGCUCCAGUGCGUGCAGGUGCUGGUCAACGCCGGCGCCCAGAUCCACCGGCAGGACGAGAACGGGCAGAGGGCCCUGGACCACGCCGAGGGCACGCUGAACAGCCACGUCGUGGAGGUGCUGAGGGAGGCGAGCGCGAAGCAGCAGGAGCCCGAGUCUCCCCAGAACAAGCGGUGA